AAUUGGAGCACUAAACUUCCUAACUUUCCUCCUCUCGAUCCCAAUCCUGGGCGGCGGAAUAUGGCUGAGCAGCCGCGCCAGCACGACCGACUGCCUCCGGUUCCUGCAGUGGCCCCUAAUCGUGAUCGGAAUCAGCAUCAUGGUAGUCUCACUGGCGGGCUUCGCAGGCGCGUGUUACCGCAACACCUUCCUAAUGCGUCUCUACCUGGUCGUAAUGUUCGUCGUCAUUGCGGUUCUCAUCGGCUUCAUCAUCUUCGCGUAUGUUGUAACUGACAAGGGAUCGGGCCGGGCCCUCUUGAACCGGGCCUACUUGGACUACUACCUUCAGGACUACUCGGGCUGGCUGGAGGAGCGCGUGGCCAGCAACGCUUAUUGGCCCAAGAUAAGCGCGUGUGUUAGGGACUCUAAGGUUUGUGGUAGAAUGGGAAGAAGCAUUAAUAGUGUUCCUGAGACUCCUCAAAUGUUCUAUCUUAGAACCCUCUCUCCCAUUCAGUCUGGUUGUUGCAAGCCUCCAACAGAAUGUGGCUAUAUCUACCAAAAUGAAACGGUUUGGAACAUCGGGUCGGGCGCAAUGGCGGCCAACCCGGACUGCUCAAGGUGGAGCAAUGACCAAGAGAUGCUCUGUUAUGGCUGCGACUCUUGCAAGGCCGGGGUGUUGGCAAGUCUCAAGAAGAGUUGGAGGAAGGUCUCCGUCAUCAAUAUCAUCGUCAUGAUCAUCCUUGUAAUUGUCUACAUCAUUGCAUACACUGCAUUUAGGAACAAUCGGAAGAUGGACAACGACGAACCCUACGGAGAAGCCAGAAUGACAAAGGCACAACCUAGUAGAAUCAAUAUUUAGGACCACUAUUUUGCAUGGCAAAGGGUUUUACAUGCAUAUUUUAGCAUUUUCUAGCCUUAAGAAGAUGAUGUUACUUAGUUUUCGUUAUUAUUUGUAUAUUAGAUAGGUGUGACAUGAAUUUGGUUUUCAUUUUGGAAAGUUGAUGUAUAUUGUGUUUACUUUUGAAGAAGAAAUCUGAUCACUUUGUAAUAGGUUGAAAUCAAGCAUUUACUUGAUUUAUGUAUGAUUUACCUCAACCCCAAUCUUAAUAUUGAUAUUGGUAGUC